UGUGAUUGGUCUUUCAUGCCGUCUAGUACACGGGCUGUAACACUGCCCUACUUCCCACUGGACUGCUGCUGGAUUCCUGCGCACUGCUCUUUCGGUCAUGGCGUUGCGGACUGUGCGAAACUUACCCUGCUUUUUAAGUGUACUCAGCGUGUUUCUCCUCAGCAGUGGCCCGUACCGGGUGUCCUCAUGUCCGAGCCGCUGUUUAUGUUUCCGUACCACUGUCAGAUGCAUGCAUUUGAACCUGGAAUCAGUGCCCGCAGUUCUUCCUCAGACCACAAUCCUAGACCUGAGGUUCAACAAAAUCAAGGAUUUACAGCCAGGCUCCUUCAAGCGAUUAAAAAACCUCAACACCCUCCUUUUAAAUAACAACCACAUCAGAAGAAUCCCAAGAGGAGCCUUCGAAGAUUUGGAAAACCUUAAAUAUCUAUAUUUGUACAAGAAUGAAAUCCAGGCCAUCGACCGGGAAGCGUUUAAGGGUCUCGUCUCUCUCGAGCAACUAUACCUGCACUUCAAUAACAUUGAGUCCCUGGAGCCCGAGUCUUUCUCUCAUCUGCCCAAGCUGGAGCGCCUGUUUCUGCACAACAACAGGAUCAGCCAUCUUGCUUUAGGGACCUUCUCACACCUGCAGUCCAUGAAGAGAUUGCGUCUGGACUCUAACGCUCUGCACUGUGACUGUGAGCUGCUGUGGUUGGCUGAUCUGCUGAAGCAGUACGCCGAGUCCGGGAACGCUCAAGCCGCCGCCACAUGUGACUACCCCAACCGCCUGCAGGGACGAUCCGUCGCCACGCUCACAGCGCACGAGCUCAACUGCGAAGUGCCCCGGAUCACCUCUGAGCCGCAGGAUGUGGACGUGACCUCAGGGAACACGGUGUACUUCACAUGCCGAGCGGAGGGAAACCCCAAACCACAGAUCAUCUGGCUGAGGAACAACAAUGCUCUGAACAUGAGGGAUGACACACGGCUCAAUCUUCUGGAAGACGGGACGCUGAUGAUCCAGGACACGCGAGAGACAGACCAGGGCGUCUAUCAGUGCAUGGCCAAAAACGUGGCCGGAGAAGUGAAGACCUCAGAGGUCACCUUACGCUACUUCAGGUCACCAUCUCGGCCCAGCUUUGUGAUCCAGCCGCAGAACACUGAGGUUCUGGUGGGCGAGAGCGUGACUCUAGAGUGCAGCGCCACUGGUCAGCCACAGCCGCGUGUCACCUGGACACGAGGAGAUCAGUCUGCGCUGCCUGUAGACCCGCGCAUCAACAUCACACCUUCAGGAGGACUCUUCAUCCAAAACAUCCACCAGGCAGACGGAGGACAGUACACCUGCUUCGCCAGCAACAACGUGGACACCAUCCACGCCAACGCUUACAUCAUAGUGCAGGCUCGUCCUCAGUUCACCGUGACUCCUCAGGAUCAGUCGGUGCUGGAGGGUCAAACGGUGGAUUUUCCCUGCGAGGCAAGCGGUUUCCCUCAGCCCGUCAUCGCCUGGACACGCGGAGGUAGUCCUUUGCCCAAUGACAGACGGCAUGUGGUGCUGUCGACGGGCAGCCUGCGGAUCAGCCGCGUGGCUCUUCAUGACCAGGGCCAGUACGAGUGCCAGGCGGUCAGUCCUGUGGGCACUGCCAGAGCCGCUGUCCACCUCAACAUCCUGCAGAGCGUAACGCCUGUUUUCACGAGCGCUCCAAGGGAUUUGACGGUGGAGUCUGGAUCAGAUGUCCAGAUUCCGUGCAGCGCUCAGGGUGAACCCACACCUAUCAUCACAUGGAGCAAGGAUGGAGUCCAGAUUACAGAGAGUGGGAAGUUCCACAUCAAUCCAGAUGGCUAUCUGGAAGUGCAUGAUGUGGGCUUGGCCGAUGGGGGCCGAUACGAGUGUGUAGCCCGCAACUCCAUUGGAUAUUCCUCAUCUAGCAUGGUGCUAACAGUGCAAGUCCCGCAGGUGAGCCGCGAAGGUGAUCCGUUCGUCUCCACGUCUCUUGAAGAGGCCAUCCGGAGCAUAAACAGCGCUAUAGACUCCACCCGGAGGCAGCUUUUUGACGGGUCUCCUCGUACCCCCGCUGAGCUCCUGGCUCUGUUUCGGUACCCGCGGGACCCCUACACAGUGGAGCAGGCCCGAGCUGGAGAGAUCUUUGAGCAGACCCUUCUUCUCAUUCAGAGGCACGUCAACCAGGGGCUCAUGGUGGACACCAACGGGACAGCCUACCGCUACAAUGAUUUGGUGUCUCCACGGUUCCUGGAUAUGAUCGCUAAUUUGUCAGGCUGCACAGCCCAUCGGCGCAUUAACAAUUGCUCGGAUAUCUGCUUCCACCAGAAGUAUCGUACCCACGACGGCACUUGCAACAACCUGCAGCACCCCAUGUGGGGAGCGUCUCUCACUCCCUUUGAGCGCUUGCUAAAGCCCGUCUACGACAAUGGCUUCAAUCUCCCCCGCGGCACCACUGAACGAUGGCACAACGGCUACCCCCUGCCACUUCCUCGCCUGGUCUCAACCACCAUGAUCGGCACCGAGACCAUCACGCCAGACGACCGCUACACUCACAUGCUAAUGCAGUGGGGACAGUUCUUAGACCAUGAUCUAGACUCAACCGUUGUGUCCCUAAGCCAGUCCCGUUUCUCCGACGGACAGCUGUGCACCUCAGUGUGCACCAAUGACCCCCCUUGUUUUCCCAUUAUGUUCCCACCCAAUGACCCACGGCAGCGGCGCAAUGGGGCACGCUGCAUGUUCUUUGUGCGCUCCAGUCCCGUUUGUGGCAGCGGAAUGACUUCUUUACUCAUGAACUCAGUGUACCCGCGUGAGCAAAUGAACCAGCUUACUUCCUACAUCGAUGCAUCCAAUGUUUACGGCAGCUCGCAGCACGAGGCUGAAGAGAUCCGUGAUUUAGCCAGCCAUAGAGGCAUGCUGCGGCAAGGGAUUGUUCAACGAACUGGAAAACCACUGCUCCCGUUUGCCACCGGGCCACCAACAGAGUGCAUGCGGGAUGAAAAUGAGAGUCCCAUUCCUUGCUUCCUAGCCGGUGACCAUCGUGCUAAUGAGCAGCUCGGGUUGACGGCAAUGCAUACGGUGUGGUUGCGUGAACAUAACCGCAUUGCAAGCGAGCUGCUUCGCCUUAACCCCCAUUGGGAUGGCGACACCAUUUACCAUGAGGCGCGGAAGAUAGUCGGAGCCCAGAUGCAGCAUAUAACCUACAACCAAUGGCUGCCUAAAAUACUGGGUGAGGCUGGCAUGAGGAUAAUGGGCGAUUAUACCGGAUACAAUCCUAAUAUAAAUGCUGGCAUCCUCAACGCUUUCGCUACCGCGGCCUUCCGUUUUGGCCAUACGCUCAUUAACCCAAUUCUGUAUCGACUUGAUGAAAACUUCCAGCCCAUCCAGCAAGGGCACAUCUCACUGCACAAGGCUUUCUUCUCCCCCUUCCGUAUUGUAAACGAAGGAGGCAUCGACCCAUUGCUUCGUGGCUUGUUCGGAGUGGCAGGGAAAAUGCGAAUGUCAACUCAACUGCUAAACACCGAACUAACCGAACGGCUUUUCUCGAUGGCACAUGCGGUGGCACUUGACCUUGCAGCGAUGAAUAUCCAAAGGGGCCGUGACCACGGUAUACCAUCCUAUAAUGACUACCGCGUGUUCUGCAACCUCACGUCCGCACAAACCUUUGAGGAUCUGAAGAAUGAGAUCCAGAACCCCAGUGUGCGGGAGAAGCUUCAAAGGCUUUAUGGCACACCUCUGAAUGUGGAUUUGUUUCCUGCACUGAUGGCCGAAGAGCUGGUGCCUGGCAGCAGACUGGGACCAACUCUAAUGUGUUUACUGGCAACACAGUUCAAGCGUCUGAGAGAUGGCGACCGGUUUUGGUAUGAGAACCCGGGCUCCUUCAGUCCUGCACAGUUGACCCAACUGAAGCAGACGUCUCUAUCCCGGGUGCUGUGUGAUAAUGGUGACAACAUCACCCGCAUUCAAUCAGAUGCCUUCAGUGUGGCCGACCUCCCUCACGGUUAUGGAAGCUGUGCCGAUUUACCAAAGAUUGACCUCCGCAUGUGGCAGGACUGCUGUGAAGAUUGCCGCACUAAAGGUCAGUUCAACGCUCUAUCGUUUCACUUCAGAGGUCGGAGGUCAGCAGAGCACAGCUAUGCAGAAGAGAAAAAACCUGCCAACAACCUCACAGAAAACAGCAGCACUUUGGAAGAUGCUGCAGUAAACAUAACUGUGUCGCCAAAGUCAAGUACUGAACCCUCCGCUAAGGAUUUCCAGGACUUUGUAACAGACAUGCAGAAAACCAUCACAAGUUUACGAAAACAGAUUAAAAGACUUGAAGGGCGCGUGAGCAGGACAGACUGUGCAGAUGAGGACGGGAGAGAGCGGGCAGAUGGAGAAAGCUGGAGGAAAAACCCCUGCACCAUGUGUCAGUGUAAAGCAGCGCAGGUGACGUGUUUUGUGGAGAAGUGUGCGCCGGCCGUGUGUGAGACGUCUGUGACGCCCAGUGGCUCGUGUUGCCCCGUCUGCCUCAACCAACCCACAGCAGCAUGAGCAAAACCCUCAGGACA